AUGGCACCCAAAAAGAACAAAGCAACCAAGAAGAAUAAGGGGGACAUCAAUGAUAUAAUGGUGGAGAGCAGUCCCGUAAACAAGAUCAAUGGAUUAAACACUCUCAUAGAGGGAGGAAAUGGCUUCAGCUGCAUCUCAACUGAAGUCAAUGAUUCUUUGUAUGCUCCAAACCUUCUGGAAGGUUUGAGCACGAUGAGACAGGAUAGCUUCCUCUGUGAUCUAACAGUUUCCACCAAUUCAAAGUCAUUUGAUGUCCACAAGGUUGUCAUGGCCUCCUGCAGUGAGUACAUUAGAAACAUCUUGAAGAAGGACUCAACCCUCCAGAAGAUCGACCUGAACGACCUCUCACCAGUCGGUCUGGCCACUGCAAUCACGUACGCCUACUCAGGAAAGCUCACGCUGUCGCUUUACAACAUUGGGAGCACAAUUGCUGCAGCCAUGUUGCUACAAAUCAACACCUUAGUGAAGAUGUGCAGUGAUUUCCUCAUGCAGGAGCUCAGUGUGGAGAAUUGCAUGUACGUAGCCAAUAUUGCCGAAGCCUACGACCUUAAGGAAACCAAGGAAGCAGCACAGAAGUUCAUGCGGGAGAACUUCAUUGAGUUUUCUGAGAUGGAGCAGUUCCUGAAGCUCACAUAUGAGCAGAUAAGUGAAUUCCUUUCAGAUGAUUCCUUGCAGCUCCCCUCAGAGAUCACAGCUUUCCAGAUUGCAAUGAAGUGGUUGGACUUUGACGAGAAAAGGUUGAAGUAUGCGGCAGAUCUUCUAACCCACAUCCGCUUCGGAACUAUCUCUGCCCAAGACCUGGUGAAUCAUGUCCAGAGUGUGCCAAGAAUGAUGCAAGACUCUGAGUGCCACCGUCUUCUUGUCGAUGCCAUGAAUUAUCAUCUGCUGCCAUACCAACAGAACAUCCUGCAGUCACGUAGAACAAAGGUUCGAGGUGGCCUUAAGGUGAUCCUCACAGUUGGUGGACGUCCCGCCUUGACAGAGAAAUCUCUCAGCAAAGAUGUUCUCUACAGAGAUACAGAUGAUGUGUGGAAUAAGUUGACAGAAAUGCCAGCAAAGAGCUUUAAUCAGUGUGUGGCAGUCCUUGAUGGUUUCCUUUAUGUGGCGGGUGGAGAGGACCAGAAUGAUGCGCGAAACCAGGCGAAGCAUGCUGUUGGCAACUUCUGCAGGUAUGAUCCCCGCUUCAACACCUGGAUUCACUUGAACAACAUGAUCCAAAGACGUACCCACUUUAGCCUCAACACUUUCAAUGGCCUCUUGUUUGCCAUUGGAGGGCGAAAUGCUGAUGGUGUUCAAGCCUCCAUGGAGUGCUAUGUGCCCUCCUCCAACCAGUGGCAGAUGAAGGCCCCAAUGGAGGUGCCUCGCUGCUGCCAUGGCAGCUCAGUUAUCGAUGGAAAGAUUCUCGUUACAGGAGGUUACAUCAACAAUGCUUACUCCAGGGCGGUGUGCUCCUAUGACCCAUCUACUGACACCUGGCAGGAUAAGAGCAGUCUAAGCACACCAAGAGGCUGGCAUUGCGCUGCCACCAUUGGAGACCGGGCCUUCGUCAUUGGUGGUAGUCAGCUAGGUGGUAGAGGGGAGAGAGUAGACGUCCUUGUUGUAGAAUCUUAUAACCCUCACAAUGGGCAGUGGAGCUACUGCGCACCUCUUCACACAGGCGUGAGCACAGCCGGUAUUUCCAUUUUGAACAACAAGAUCUAUCUGCUGGGGGGCUGGAACGAGGGUGAGAAGAAGUACAAGAAAUGUAUUCAGGUUUACAACCCUGACCUCAAUGAAUGGACUGAGGAUGAUGAGCUGCCAGAAGCUACAGUUGGCAUUUCCUGCUGCGUCGUCACCAUACCCACACGGAAAACAAGAGAGUCCAGAGCCAGUUCAGUUUCAUCCGCACCAGUCAGUAUAUAA